AUGACGGUCAUCGGGACGCGGAUCGACAGUGACAGGAGGUUGCUCGAGUUCCCGAGUUACGAGGACUACCUGGACUCGCUAGUGAGUCCUGCCGACAUCUACUAUCUCAGAAGCGGCAAGACCGCCCGGCAAUUGGCCGAGCUCGGCUACCGCUGCACCGGCGAGACCCUGAGCCAGGGGAGUUUCUAUCGUCGCUCGAAGAUCGUGCGGGACCUGCUGUACCCCCCGCACCGAGCCUACGAGCUCACGUCGGAAUUCGUGACGCCCGGCGACAAGCUGAUGGAGGAGCUGGCCCUGCGCGAACGGCCGAACCGAUUGGGCGUUCUCUCGACCGUCGUAUUCCUCCGGCAUCUGACGAAACGUUCGCGCUUCGAGGAGUCCGCCUACAUCGAUUUCGGCGACCGUCUCGAGAAGGAGGACUGGCUGCCGUAUUACCGAGGGGAACGACGACUGUCGCCGCACAAGCGGGAUCUCGCGUAUUAUCAUUGGAGGCUGGGAAAAGCCCACCUGAACGAGAGCCGCAAUUACCUGCCGAUCGUCGACCCCGAGCACGGUCUGUUGCUCAAGAAUAUUCACGACCGGCAGAUGAUCACCGUCGAUCCGGCCGCUGCGUCGCCCGGUGUACACUCGACCCGAGUACGGAUACGCUGUCCGUCUUACGAGCACGUGGUGUUGUACGACCAUGUGAUCAGAAGCAAGAUCCUCUGCGAGAAUUAGGCCCACGGCGCAUACAAGGAAGCAAGAUGUAAGCGGUAAGCGAACUGACCAAUCACGGUCGAUUGUUCUCCUCGUAGUCUAAGGGCCGUUUUCACCAAUUCUGGUUAACCCAACCGACUGAUUAAUCCAACAAAAUUGACCGAUCGUCCAUUGGCCAAUUAGCCAAACCGAUCAAUGCGAUUGGUCAGUU